UAUUCACAACUACUUAUUCGAUUUCAACACUGAAAAAGUGUAAAAUUAUGGGUCUACCACACCAAAAUAUUCAGACAGGGAAGAUUUCGAUUUUUUUAUCUGUUACCACAACAAAUAAUAGGCGUUAUAGCUACAGCAAUUCUAAAAAUAUUUUACUUAUGCAUUGUUAUAUUAUGAGAUGCAUGGAAUAGUUUUAAAGGUGAUUUAAUAAUUACAGGAAACGAAUGUUUAUGAGAUCAAACCGCAAUUCUUGCCACAAGAAGCUGAGUAAUUGAAUGAAAAUAGGCAAAUACCAGAAAAUGACGUCAUUGGUAUUGUCAAAAAAUACAAUGAAAAUGGCAUUCGGUGGUGGUUUACCAAAUGAUGACAUUUCAACUUAUACAAUUCCUGAACGACCAAAAACUGCAGGUCCUGGUAAACGAAGACCAUUGACAGACAGUUCAUCUGAUGCUGGUGGGUACCACUACAAACAAGAUUAUGAAGAUAUGAGAAAAUGUAGUGCUUUGCGUCCAAAGACGUCGUAUGGUGAUCGCGAGUUGUCUUCAAAUGACGUAAAAAAUAAAACACUUGUUCAACCAACCGAAAGUGUCGAACCUUUUGACUUGGAUAGAGCGCUCGAAGACAUUGAUAUAGUAGAAUACUUUUAUGACAAUUCUAGAGAUAUCUUUCCUUCAUCUCACGACGAGCAAAUAAACAAAAAUGAUCAUAAUCAAAAUAAAACAAAAAACAUGUUUAACACAUUAGAUUCUGGGCGAAUGAUUGACAAAAGCACAAAAUCAAAAAUUUUGAGUCAUAGAAAACCAGUGGACAGCUUGCAGAGAAAGACGAUUCAAAAUAAUUGUUUAUCUUCAGAAAUAUAUUCCACGGGCCCUCAUACCUCUGGCAAAAAAUUAAAACCAAUGUCUAGAAUUCCAAACGACAGAAGCUAUGAAAUACCAGAUGACAAAGUCGCAAAUAUUGACAUAUAUACUAUCAAAAGGGCGACAGGUGGUUUUAAGGAAACGACAACAAAAGCAGACAUGCACAGGAGAAUUCAUAGGAAUAAUGAAAGACAAUUUCCACAAAAGUCACCAGAUCAUUCAUCUUGUUCCUUUGCAAGGCCUAAGAAUUCUGACGGAUUUAUAACUUCCGGUUGUCAAUCUCACAUAAUGAAUUCAGAAACAGGAAUGCAGUCAUCUCAAUGUAAUGAUAAAUUUGCCUUACAGAGAAACAAAACACUUACAAAAUAUACAAACGAGUUUAGAUUUAUAGACAGUAGUUCAACAUGUCGUGCUGACCGAUUUAGACAAAAAAUAAUGGAUUAUUCAGUUGACAGACCAGAUUCUUUUCAAUACAAACCAAACAAAUAUCCAAGAAAACUUAAACCGAUUGCGGGGAGUGAUAUCAUCAAAACUGUAAAUAAAGAAACUUGAUAUAUUAUAGAACGUGAAAUCAUUUAUCGAGAUUUCACUUACUUAAUUUUAAACCUGCUUAAGCAGUCUUUUAUCCCACAAUAGGAAUGUUUCAUCCGUGAAUGAAGAAACCAACAAGCAAAACCAUAGCCGUUUGUCAAGAAUACACAUUAUAUGUUUGUAAAGUUAUUUCUGUUUGUUUAUUGAAUGGAUGAAUGCUCAUUACUUCCACUAUUUUGACAAGAUGACUAUGCUUUAAUAUUUCAUCGCUUUAAUAAACAAUAUAGAUAUUAAUCAAAAUGUGUUAUAUCAGUAACACGAUUACCAAAGAUUGUGACGUCUGUUAAUUAAAAAAUAAAAAUAAAAUAUUUA